AGAAACCCUUGGAGUCUUGGACUGCUCUGCGAGAGAACAUAUCAACCUUCUACACUCUUCCAAAAUCGCCAUCUUUAUCUAAAGCUCCCCGAAAUGUCAGAACAGUAUUCCGAAGAUGCUAAACAUAUCGAGAAGCUUUAUGAGUUCGACGAGCGCUUGAGCGAGUCCACGGACAAGUCUCAGAAUGUUCAAGACUAUGAAGGGAUUAUUGAGUUGUCUAAGACGAACAUCAAGACAAAGCAGCUUGGAGCUCAACUGAUUCCACGCUACUUCAAGUUCUUCACAAGUCUCGCAACAGAAGCUUUUGAUGCGUACUUGGAUAUAUUCGACGAAGUUGAAGUCGGGGUACGAGUUCAAGCCAUCCGCGGGCUUCCAUUGUUCUGCAAGGAUACUCCUGAUUUUAUAUCUAAGAUAAUUGAUGUUCUUGUACAAUGUCUAAAUACUGAGGAAUUUGUGGAGCGUGAUGCUGUGCACAAGGCUCUUAUGUCAUUAUUUCGGCAAGAUACUAAGGCAUCUUUGACUGCAUUGUUUAAGCACACUGAGGCCACUCUUAGUACUGAUGAGCAAAUCCGUGAAAAGGUCUUACACUUUAUUAGAGAUAAGGUGUUCCCUCUUAAAGGGGAACUGUUAAAGCCUCAACAGGAAAUGGAAAGACAUAUAACCGAUUUAAUCAAAAAGAGCCUAGGGGAUGUAACUGGAGAAGAGUUCAAUAUGUUUAUGGAUUUCCUGAAAAGUUUGAGUAUAUUUGGAGGGAAAGCUCCUCAAGAAAGAAUGCAAGAACUUGUAGAAAUUAUUGAAGGACAGGCUGAUUUGGAUUCAGAGUUUAAUGUUUCAGAUACAGAUCAUAUUGACAGGUUUAUAUCAUGCCUGCAAACGGCCCUUCCAUUCUUUGCAAGAGGUGCUCCAGGUAGCAAGUUUCUUAACUACUUGAACAAGAAUAUCAUGCCUGCUUUUGACCAGCUGCCAGAGGAGAGGAAGCUUAAUUUACUCAGAGCUCUUGCUGAGAUGUCCCCAUACACAACAGCUCAGGUAGCACGUCAGAUACUUCCAUCAAUAGUUCAGCUCUUAAAGAAGUACAUGCCUGCUAGGAAAACUGGGGAAGAAAUGAACUUCACAUAUGUCGAGUGCCUGUUAUACGUGCUACAUCAUUUGGCGCACAAGGCUCCAAAUGCAACAAACAGCUUGUGCGGCUACAAGAUAGUGACUGGGCAGCCAUCAGAUAGACUCGGGGAGGACUUCUCAGAGUUCAACAAGGAAUUCACUGAGAGAUUGACCAGUGUUGAGGAUCUAACGAAGGCAACAAUGAAAAAACUUACUCAAGGAAUGUCUGAGCACAGCAAAGCCAUGUCGACUGCUAAGACAGAUGAAGAGAAGUCAAUCGUGAAAACGAAGAAGCAGAGUACAACAACUGGACUCAGGACCUGCAAUAACAUAUUGGCAAUGACAAAGGGAUUGCAUGCAAAAGCGCCUUCAUUUAUCGGAAACACCAGUGUUACUCUUUCUUGGAAAGAACCCACGAAAGUGACGAAACCGUUAGCCUCUACAACGACUGGAGGAAAACGGCCUGCAAAUGGAGCCGGUAAUAACGUGGGUGCAAAAAAGGCUCGUGUGCAGAAUCAACAACAGGUUGUGAACAAAAGAUCUGAGGGAAUCUCACACGGUGGUGGUAGAGGCAGUCACAGAGGCCGAGGCCGGGGCCAAGGUCAGGGAAGACACAGUGGUGGUGGUGGCGGCCGUGGCCGUGGAAGAAGAGGCUUCUGGUAAUUUCAAAGGAUUCUCCAUGACACUCUUUUUUGUCUGUUCUUGUAUAACAGAGUAUGUUUAUCCUUCUUGUUUUGGCUCUUUUAGGCUCCUAACAUUCGACAAACAAAUUAAUCUCUUUUGCGAUUUCUUUGGCUUCUCCUUUAUAUGACAAAUUCUUUGUUUUCUUUUCUCUUUAACUACCCUUUCUGGGAAGUCAACUGUC